CCAUAGAAGGAGCUGCGGGAUUCAGGAAGUAUCCAGAAGCGCUGGAAGCCAGCGAUAUGCAAGGAAAUUUCAAGCGGAGCUGGAGAGCAGUGAAAAGAGAAAGACGAAGCAGAAUCAAGCUGGUAUCGAAUUCACCCGGUUUUGUGGAUCGAUUGCAAGGUUUUCAAAGUUUAGAUCGUCAGCGAUUUCAGGUUCGGAAAAGUACCCAAUCUAUCACCAAAACCAGCCAUAAAUCUUCCCUAGUUUCAGGAACAUGGAUGCUUGCUCUCACCAGUUACCUUUUCUAAGAGAGCAAAUUCCUUAUCCAUACCAUUGUUAUCCCAAUUGGGAAGCAAGACCCCUGCACAUGAAGAUGGACACUUCAUCUUGUGGACCUUGGUCAUAUAAUAAUCAAGUAGAACACCAUAACUGUUGCAAUCACAACUACCCCUCUUGUUUUUACGGCUUUAGACCUCCUUACUUCCAAUACCAGCAUCCACCUCAAAUGUGCUACCAUGGCUCUUGGCCUCCCUACCAUGAUGCCUACCCACCUUUCUUCGUUCCCAUGGAUUUUAAUCAUGCUAAAUUUGAUUACGACAAUGACAAAAAUCAAUUUUGUGGUUUUUCAAAUCAUCUUUCCCAUACGAAAGAAGGUAACAAUGUAAAAAUUGAAGAACAGAACGCUUCCCCAACAAUUGAAGAGGGAAGAGUAACAAUGCCUAAAGGCAAUCACAGUAGCUUGAUUCAAUACCCUUGUAAUCAUUAUCCAAUGAUGUGGCUUCCUGAUAGCGUUACAAGCAAUGGAACCAAAGAAAAGUUUAUGGAAUCGUGGCCUGUGGUUAAUUUCAAGGAUAAUCUCAGGGACAUGAGACAGGGACAUGGGGAGAGUGCUAAUGAAGAUGGCAAAAAGGUUAUACAGUUUCCAUAUCCAAUAUUCUGGCUGCCUGAUACUGAGAAACAGGAGAGAGGUUUGAGAGAUAAGAAAGAGAUAGAUGCCACAGCAAAAGCCGCUGACUCCGCGCCUUCCAAUUUGAAGGUUGUUCCAUUAAAGCUUUUGGAGAAUGAAAAGCGUGUUGAGAAGCCAGAGGCUGUGGAAGAAGAGGCUAAAGCUCAGCACAGUAUGGACAGAGUAGCUGAGAAGGAGAGGAAAAUUAAGACUAUUCCUGUGGUGCAUCUUGAUAGUGUGAAUGGGGAGAAGCCUUGUCAGCUUGACAGGCCAGAAGAUGUGCUGAAGAACUCUAUUGCUGAAAAGGAAAAGUAUGAUGUUGCAAAGAAGAAAGAUUCUGGUAAAAGCAACCCUCCCCAUUCGAAGGCAUCAAAGCUUCCUCCUGUUUGCUUGAGAGUGGACCCCCUGCCAAAGAAAAAUGGAUCAAAUGGGAAGAAUCGUUCUCCAAGCUCACCUAGCUUGAAAGAGAGAGCUAAACCCCUUGAAGGUAACAAUGAGCAAUUUGCCAUCAUGAAGAAUGAUUCAGACAAUGUUCCCAUUAAAGAUAUUAAAGUGAUAGAUGUUAACUACCAACCAUCAGGUCCAGGAGGUGAAGGCACAGCUGCAACAAUUGUUUCUGGACAAGGUAUGGAAGGUAUUUAAGAACAUAAUGGUGUGGAGGAUAGAAAAGAUGUUCCAACUGAUGUUGUUGUUCCAGUUGAAGGUAAUUUGGGCAACAAUUAUGAAGAAAAAGGGGAUAUUUCAAUUAGUCAACAACAGAAGCUUGAGCGGAAAGGCGAGAAAGUUGAUCUUUCAGAUGAUAAUAAGAAAGAGAUGCAGAAAAAAUAUUCACAAGAGGAUGCAGCUUUACUCAUCCAGUCUGCUUUCCGGGGAUUUGAUGUCAGAAGAUGGAAGCCUUUGGAGAAACUUCGGUAGAUUGCUCAAAUUCGUGUAAAAGCAACUGAAGUCAAGAGCCAAAUUCAAAAUUAUGCAAGUUUUGCAGAGCUGGACUUGAAGCAUUAAGUUAUUAUGAGUGAGACCAUAAUGAAUCUGCUACUACAACUGGAUACCAUCCAGGGUUUGCAUCCAAGCUUGAGAGAGGUUAGAAAAUCAGUUGCAAGAGAUCUUGUACACUUGCAGGACAAGCUUGAUCAGUUGUACAGCCAAACCACCAAAAAGCCGGAAGGAGAGACUCAGAAAGAAGAAAUCAGUACUCGUGACAAUACUGCCUCUUCUAUUUCUUCAAAUUCAGUUGAAAAAACUUCUUUGAUUGAGAAUAUCUUAUCGGAUCAGCCUCCACAUUUGGAAGAAGAAAACGUCUCUGUUCAGGAGAGUGGUGGAUCUUCAACAGCAUCUGAUAAACCAUCAUGUGUAAGUUUAGAAGAUGAUGUGCAAGAGCCAGAAGGCCAGCGUCACGCCAUGUCUGUUAAAAUGCUGAACGAUGAGGUCGUUCCAUCUGGAGAUGGGAAGAAUGUAAACCGUCACCAUGAAGAUGAGAAGUCUAUGAGCCAAGAUGCUGUAGUACAUUCACCUCAAAGUGAAAUAUCAGAAACUGUGAAGGCCCCAGAUCUGAAUGAUUUGAAGCAUAACUCAAAUCAAGCAAAUCACUCCAACUCAUUAUUGGCGGUGCAGCAAAUCAACGCACCUGAUGAAAAAGACAAACAAUCAUUGUUGGAGGAAGUACCAUUGAAAGCAGAAUUGACGUCAGAGAAAGGAAUUUUUAUGGAGGAAGGUUCAGACAUCAAACCAGAGGAUGCUAUUGCUGAACAAAAUGAGGAAGCUAUUGUGGAAGAAAUUGAUGCAUUUGAGGAGUUGAAGCCUUCCUUUAAAUAUCACAAGAAUGAACUGCCCAUUACUUCGGUAGCUUCUUCAGGCAAAAUUGAUUUGAAGGAAACUACAUCAGAUUCGUCUGAUGAGUUGAGCAGUGAAAGCAAUCUUACAGAAUCUUCACAACAUGAGAAAAAUACGUCAGAUGCCUUCUUGCAGCAUGAAAUGAACUAUAAAGAGAAAAAACUCCAGGAGGAAAAUGAAAAGCUAAGGCAGAUGCUGGAGAAAUUACUACACGCGGAUCAGGAACAAAUGGCGGCCAUUAAUGGCCUGAUAGAACGAGUGAAGAAUCUGGAGAGGAAACUUACAAAACGGAAGAAAGUGGAAAUUAAUCGGAGGAAGAAGUUAGACAAUGUUAUGAGCAAAUAGUGAGUUAUGCUGCUUUGACUGUAUAAUCUACCCUCCUUAUACCUAAUAAUCUUGUGCUGUAAUUGUUUUGUAUUCCAAAUACUACAUCUUCCUAUGGUUUAGUAUCAUUAUCUCU